UAACGUCAAUAGAAGUUGAUUGAAAAUCUUCAAUUAAAAUGAAUAUCCUGAGAAAAUCAAUUUAUUUGCCAUUAAUUUUUAGGCAAAGUACUCGAUGUAUGUGCUACAAAACUGUAAAACGUCCAGAUUUCAGUGACAAGCCGCGCGAACGCAAAAUACAACCAAAUAAAGUGGAUGAGAAACCUUUUUCACUUUCGGAUCACAUCAAAGCCAGAAUAAAAUUCGGUGGUCCCAUCACACUUGCCGAGUACAUGAAAGAAGUCUUAGUAAAUCCCAACAACGGUUACUACAUGAAUCGCGAUGUCUUUGGGCAUCAAGGAGAUUUUAUCACCUCACCCGAAAUUGGGCAAAUAUUCGGAGAAAUGGUCGCAAUUUGGUGUCUGACGGAAUAUCAAAAGCUUGGAUCCCCAUCGCCGUUGCAGAUUGUCGAGCUGGGACCUGGCCGCGGAACACUUAUGCAGGAUAUUUUGCGUGUCAUGUCAAAAUUUGAACUUAUCAAGGAGUUUAGCAUUGAAUUAGUUGAAAUUAGUCCGUUUUUGAGUAAAGCUCAGGCUUUGAUGCUUUGUGUCUCCAGCAAGGAAGUGUCUGGCGAAAAACAUUAUCGCGAAGGUAAAACGGGAUCUGGAGUGAAUGUUCGAUGGUAUCGCAGUUACGACGAUAUUCCUGAUGGAUUUACUAUUUUAUUGGCUCACGAGUUCUUUGAUGCUCUUCCGAUCAACAAACUUUUGAGAGAUGGCGACAAAUGGAGGGAAAUGUUGAUUGAUAUUGAUCCGGAUAAUGAAAAGCAGUUUCGGUACAUUCAAUCGCGAGAGGAAACGCCAGUGUCGAAGCUAUUUAAGCAAUUGUGUCACAAGGACGAGUCUCGAGAUGUGGUUGAAUUGUGUCUCGAAGCGGAUCGAAUUUUGCGGAAUGUUGCGAAAAAAUUUGAAGAAAAUGGUGGUUUCGGCUUGAUAAUGGAUUAUGGACAUUGGGGCGAAAAAGGAGAUACUUUCAGGGCCUUCAAAAACCACAAAUUACAUGAUCCUUUAGUCGAUCCUGGAAAUGCAGAUUUAACGGCUGAUGUUGAUUUUCGACAAAUGCAACAGUCCUGCACUGCUGAAGACCGUCUUAUUACUUUUGGACCUGUUGAACAGGGAACGUUCCUUCAACGAAUGGGUGCCAAUGUGAGACUAGAAAAUUUACUCAAAAAUGCUCAAAAUGAAGAGCAGAAAUCAGCACUAAAAAGCGGAUAUGAAAUCUUAACAUCCGAGAAGCAGAUGGGAAAGAGAUUCAAAUUCUUUUCAAUGUUUCCAGCUGUCACGAAAGAUCAUUUGCAAAAGUUCCCCGUGUCGGGAUUCAGUUAA